ACACCUGAGUCAACAAGAACCACAGCAGCCAGUACAGUUGAAUCCAGAACCACAACAGGCAAGGUAACUACCACAAGUGCAGCUACAGCAACAACCAUGGCAAGUACUACAACUGGGGAAACUGCAAGAACCAUCACAACUUCCACUGUUGAACCCACAGAAACAAUAACUAGAGGAACAAUCUCAGGUGAACCUACAACAAUCAAAACCACCACAAGCACUACUAUUGAAUCUUCAGAAACCACCAUGCCGUCCACCAUUAGUGCAUUUACAUCAACAACAAUAACCAUGCCAACAACCACACCUAAUCAUGCGUCAAAAACCAUGGAAAACACUGCAUCCAUCACAACAAGCACUAAAGUUGAACCCACAACAAUAGCCAUGGUAACGACAACAGGUGCACAUAUGACAACUAAACCCACACCAACUCCUGUGUAUGAACUUACAACAACAGCAAUGGCAACCAACACAACAAAAUCUGCAUCAACAACCUUGGCAAACACGAAAGCUUCUACAACAACUAAAACAACAACCAUGGAAACCAGCACAAGUGCAUCUACGGAAACAAAAAACACCACAGUCACCUUGGAAACCACAGGAACAACAAUGGCAAACACCAUGUCUGUCACAACCACAGAUGUUAAACCUAGAACAGCCCUAACAACCACCACAGUUGAACCCACGGUAAUAACAGCCAACGUAACCACUACAGGUGAACCUACAGCAACAAACAAUACUGUGACCACUGUAGUUGCAUCUCCAACAACAACAACAACAAACAUGCCAGUCACCACAGCCAACCCAAUGUCAGCAACUGCCAUGGUUAAAACCACACCUGUGUCAACAAGAACCACAGCAGCCAGUACAGUUGAAUCCAGAACCACAACAGGCAAGGUAACUAACACAAGUGCAGCUACAGCAACAACCAUGGCAAAAACAAUAACUAGAGGAACCAUCUCAGGUGAACCUACAACAAUCAAAACCACCACAAGCACUACUAUUGAAUCUUCAGAAACCACCAUCCCGUCCACCAUUAGUGCAUUUACAUCAACAACAAUAACCGUGCCAACAACCACACCUAAUCAUACGUCAACAACUAUGGAAAACACUGCAUCCAUCACAACAAGCACUAAAGUUGAACCCACAACAAUAGCUAUGGUAACGACAACAGGUGCACAUAUGACAACUAAACCCACAACAACCCCUGUGUAUGAACCUACGAUAACAGCAAUGGCAACCAACACAACACAAUCUGCAUCAACAACCUUGGCAAACACAAAAGCUUCUACAACAACUAAAACAACAACCAUGGAAACCAGCACAAGUGCAUCUACGGAAACAAAAGACACCACAGUCACCUUGGAAACCACAGGAACAACAAUGACAAACACUACGCCUCUCACAACCACUGUGGUUGAACCUAGAACAGCCAUAACAACCACCACAGUUGAACCCAUAGUAAUAACAGCCAGCGUAACCACUACAGGGACAUAG